AAAUUCCCAUUAGUGCAAUACACCCUCUUGAUCUCGAUAGGUCUGUAAUUAUAAACCUUUAACUGGGACAUAAUCAGGUGAAAAUAAACCAGCGGCGGAACGGAGACCUCACCGGCGACGAAGACAGUGAAACUCCGGCGUCCAUUUCCUGCAAAUAUGGGAGAAACGAGCUCUAUGCAGGGUGAUACAAGCUUGGUGGCUACGAGGGAAAGAUUCUCCAGUGUUCUCAAAAGGUAUGGGGAGUUAGCCGAGCGUCUUUCCAGGGACUCUGAUAAGAAUGUUUUUGAGCGUUUGCAGAGGGAAUUUGAAGCUGCUUGUUACUCUAAAACUCGAGAAAUUUGUUUAGAUGGUGAAGAGUGGAAUGAUGGGCUAUUGGCCACCAUAAGAGAAAGGGUUCACAUGGAGGUUGAGAGUAGGGCAAUGCAGUUACCUGGGUCCCCAAGAUCUCCUCUUGCUGAGAAGAUCAUCUACAAAGUCGGGACAAAGAUACUUUGCUGUCUUGAUGGAGCAAGAAUUGGCAUCCGGUAUGAGGCACUGUAUGGUGGAUAUGUUCGUGAGCAUUACCAUUGUGUGCUUGAAAGCAAGUCAUUUCUUCAGAAGAUGACUGUCCUCGAACAUACAGUUCCUUUCUUUCUGCCAAUAAGGGAAGCAGAAAAUAAUUUUCUCUCCUCAAAUGCGAUAAAAUUUAUAGAUCAUGUUGGCGAGCUGGUGCAAGCUUAUGUCGACAGACGGGAGCAGGUCCGUCUUACGAAGGAAUUAUAUGGGAAUCAACUCAAAGAACUUUAUCACAGUCUUCCUUACGAUAUGGUGGAAUUCAUGCUAGGCCAUUGUGAUUGCAAUAUAACUGUCAGUCUGAAAUACGCAGAUCUGUUGUCUAUUCUACCCACUCGGGUGAGUGUACUGGCAUGGCCUGUGAGUGAGUCUAAAAAUUCUUCGACUGCUAAAAAACUGAGGAAAGGUAAUGGAGCAUCAGAAAAUAGAGAUGUACCAUUGCGCUUAACAUACGCAGAAGAUGCAUUGCGAACUAUGAGUUUGCCUGAAGCAUAUGCAGACAUGGUGCUAAACCUCCCCGAGGAGCUUUCUGAACUAAAUACUCAAAGGAACGUCUGAUGUAUUUUCCUCAGAAGAAGAUCUGCAGAUUAGCAAACAGGUGAAUGUUUGUUUGUGUAAUAACAGACUUCUUAGAACUAUUAGAAUCCAGGGUGUUAUAAACAUACAAAGUAAGUACUGUUUCCGACUUCUGCACAUCCAGUUAUGAUGCACAUUGCAACUAGUUCUCGGGUUCAUGUG